GCGCCGGGGAGCAGCCGGCGCAGGCAGCCGCUUGGCCCCCCGCGCAGGGCUUCGCGGCCUCGGGCGACGCUGGAGGGGAGUCCAUCGCAGCGCGGCCCGCGCGCGCGAACCGCCCCCGCCUGCCGGCGCCGCCUGGGAAGGCAGCUGCCCCGCCGCCCGCGCCGGCCGCCUUCCCGCCGGCGCCGUCGCUGGGACCGACGGCGGUCGUGGGGACCAGCCCCAAGUCGCCGCACGGGCAGAGGCGCGCGUGGGACCCGGGCUCGCCCGAAAGCCCCGACGGAUGGGCGGCAGGGUGGCCCCGCGGGCAGCCGCCGCCGGUCGCGGCGGGACUCGGGGCCGACACCGGCCACCUCCACGGGUGGGGCGCGCCGCCGCCCAGCCCCAAACCGCUGGCUGGCGGGCCGCCGGGGGCUUUUGGCGAGGGGGGCACCGCCCCCGCGGGACUCUGGGCCAACCAGCCCCGCGGGUGGGGCGCACCGCCACCCGGCAGCGCGUCUGCCAGCCCGCAUGUGCCGUUCCCGCUCUACGGGCCGCUGGAGUCGUUUGGGGCGGGGGGCACCGCCCCCGACGGACCGCUGGCCGGUUUCGCCCCGGGGCCGCGCGCGCCGCCGCCCAAGCCAAAACCAGAAGGACCCCCGCCGAUGACGCAGCCGCCCGCCGUCGCUGGGCCUGGGGCCGACCCAGGCCAGCCUCGCGCGUGGGGCGCGCCGCCGGCCGGCUGCCCGCCAGCCAGCGCGCCGUUCCCGCUCUACGGGGAGGCGCCGCCGCCGCCGAGGGACCAGGCGCGCCGCCGUCAGGGCCGCGGCCCGACGGCGCCGAGGCGCGCCACCCCCCCGCUGUCGGGGUCGCAGGGCGCGCUUGGACCGCAAGGCGCGGCGGGCGCCGCGAGCGGCGCGGGCGGUGGCCGCGGGGCGGCGGAGGGGCGCGGCCCGGCGGCGCCCGGCCGCGCGAUGGCGGUCCCCGCCGCGCAGUGGGCGACGCCACACCAGCCGCCGCCGCAGCCCGCGCCCGGCCAGGGCGGGCAGGGAACCCCCCAGGCGCCGCGGUGCGCGUGCGGCUAUGACCAGGCAGCCUGCGGGACGUGCGGGCGCGGCUGGGCGCAGGUCCAGCACGCCUCGCUGGCCGCGCCGCCGACGGGGCCCGCUGACGACGGGCAGGCGCUGCCUGGGGGGGCGGGGGCGCCGGGCGCCGCGCCAGGGACCGAGGCGGCCGACGCGGAAGCAUGGGAAGCGGAGGCCCUCCGGUGGCUGACGGGUGGGCUCCGGGACGCGGCCGACCUCAUUGACGAGACCGGCCUCUCCUUCCCGCAGGCAGUGCGCCACGUGCAGAAGCUGGUGGCUGGCGCCGCGGCGGCGGCCGCCCAGGCGCAGGAGCCCGGACUGAAGGAGGAGGGCCCGGAGCGCGCGGCCGCCGGCGCCCCGGGCGAGGAGGCCUUGCACGCGACCCCCGAGGUGUGGAGCCGCGACCUGAUCGGCCUGGUUAACGCCGCCGCCCAGGGAGCGAGGCCGGCGUGCCCCGGCGCGGCGGUCCAGUUCAUCGCCGAAUUCGCGGUGGGCAAACCGGAUGCCCGUUCCGUGGCAGUGGCCAUCCGGGACUUCCACGGGCCAGGCGGCCCGCCGGUGCCCGUCCAGACGCUCGUGGAGGAGGACAACAGACGCUGGGUGCGCCCUGUGGGAUGGGCGGCCGAGAAAGGCGGAGACGCCCACGUCUUGACGCUCCGCCUGUUCGCGCCCCCCCGGUCGACCCUGAACAAAAUCACGACGAUCACCGUCCGGUGGGUGCUCUCCACGAGGGUGGUGACCAUCCAGGGCAUCAAGCCCAACAUCGUCGAGUUCGCCCCCAAGUGGGUUGGGGCAUUCGGCCGCACCAAGAGCGUCAAGGUGGUCGGGCCCAACGCGGACGCGCCAACGAUGCACCGCUACGCCGCCCGCCGGGCCGGGCCCCUGAG